AUAAAACUUAAUUCGUUCCAAACAAACCCUAUGUCAAACUUGUAGGAUAUCUAGGGAUUCCUCACAAAUAUAGAAUGAUUUUUAUGCAGUGAAUCUCGACCAUGCCAUCUGAAGAGGAAAGGAUCCGACUUUCCAAAGCCUGGCGGCGCUCAUAGAAGUGAAACAGCGAGAGUACCAAACAGAUUCCUCAGUUGCCGUCUUAAUCGCCUGCGCCGGCGUUACUCUGUGUGCGUGUGUGUGUGUGUCUGUCUCUGUCUCUCUACGGUGACUCGCUAGGUGCUGCGCAUCUCGAAACGGAAACGGACUAAAGAAAACACGGUACUGCACAUGCAGCUCGUCCAUGGCUUCACGAUCAAGGGCAAUGCAGUUGCAAUGCAUGUCAUCCAUUUCUGUGAGAUGUUUUCACAGAAGUUACUUAACAAAUGCAAUACCUUCUGAUCUGAAGCGCAGGUUUUGGUUCACAUUUGGCAGGACUUUGAGGUUCUGCAACUUCCUAUUUUUUAGGUUUUUAAACCGGCAUUUUCAAUCAAAUCACAUGUCUACUCAGAAGUUGCUAGAUGAAGUGAGCGGGCAUAGGGAACUGUGGAUUUCAGACAGGUUGAAAUUUCUGAAAAUGGUUUCAGCUUUGUCAGGUUAUAACAACAUUGAAGACUUUAUCGAGGAAGAAAGAGAACGGGAAGAAUCUGCUGAUAUGAAUGACCUGAAUGAAGAAUUUGGUUUUGCAUUAGCCACAGCAAGAUUUCCUUGCAUUACCGUUGGGGAUUCAUCGCGCAUUGAACUGUAUGACGAGGUUCAAUGGAAAAAUAGCCAAUUGAGACUUUUAAUAUCUGAAACUAGUAGAUACUUCCCAGAUUCUGCAACUAGGACACGAGCGCAAGAAGCUAAUGAAUAUAGUGAUGCAUGCCAUUUCCUUAGACCUCAGCUACCAAGCAUACAUUCUAAUGAGCAAUCCUGCUCCAUAUUAUUCCAUGAUUCUGUAGCAUUAGAUGCAGACACUAGAACAGAAUUAUUUAAGAAGUUUAGUGACAAUGAAAGUUCUGUAAUUGCAGAAUCUAAACCGCUAAAUACUGAGGUAUAUCUCGAGUCAAUUUUGGAUUCUGCUGUUAGGUUUAUACCAGAUACAACCCGUAGACAGUGCCGUCGGCUUGAAGAACGUGGUUUCCACACGGUGCGGAAGCUGCUACAUCAUUUUCCUCGAACCUAUGCAGACCUGCAAAAUGCUCCAGGUAAAAUAGAUGAUGGGGCCUAUCAAAUCUUUGUCGGGACAGUAUCUGCUUCCAGGGCACUUAGAGCUAGUUCAUCUUUAUCAUUUCUUGAUGUCGUAGUUAGUUGUGAAGCUUUUGAUGACCAUGGGAUCAGUAAGAAGAACAUUUAUUUACAUUUGAAGAAGUUUUUCAGCGGUGUUCGUUUUACUUACCAACCUUUUCUGAGAAGUCUCCAGUCUAAGUAUGAAUUGGGGGCUCAUGUAUAUGUCUGUGGCAAGGUCAGAAAAAUGCGUUGUGAAGAUCAUUAUGAAAUGCGGGAGUAUUACAUUGACGUGCUCAAAGAGGAGGAAGAACAAAAUGCACACAUAUACAAACGCCCAUAUCCACUCUACCCUUCGAAAGCGGGGUUGAAACCAAGCUUUAUGAAGGACACUAUAUCAAGGGCUUUAAGGGUUUUGUCCAGGGAUAUUGAUCCCAUACCUAAAGAUAUCCUUGAGGAGUUCAAUUUGCCAAAUCUUUUUGACGCUUAUAUGGGAAUCCACAGACCAAACAAUCUAAAUGAAGCUGAUUUGGCUCGUAGAAGACUAAAUUUUGACGAGUUUUUUUACAUGCAGCAGUUGGGGCGACUUUUUCAAAUGCUUGGCUCACUAGGUACACAGAUCGAGAAGAAAGAACUACUGUAUAAAUACAAAUGCAACGGAUUAAAUGCUACUCCUGUGGAGGAAUGGUCCACCCUUACUAAAAGCUUUUUAGAAGCUCUCCCAUAUUCCCUAACUCCAGGCCAGUUAAAUGCUGUCUCUGAAAUUAUCUGGGAUCUUAAAAGACCAGUCCCUAUGAACAGACUUUUACAGGGUGAUGUUGGCUGUGGGAAAACAGUUGUUGCUUUCCUUGCUUGUCUGGAGGUUAUUGCAUCAGGUUUUCAGGCUGCUGUCAUGGUACCAACCGAGCUAGUUUCCAUUCAGCAUUAUGAGCAUUUAAGUUCAUUGUUGGAGAAUAUGAAGGAGGACCACUGCAGACUUUCUAUCGUUUUACUAACUGGUUCCACUCCUUUAAAGCAGUCAAAGAUGAUUCUUAAGGGCCUUCAGAAUGGUGAUAUUAAUAUGGUCAUUGGGACACAUAGCUUAAUUGCUGAAAAGGUGGAGUUUUCAGCUUUACGUUUUACUGUCAUUGAUGAGCAGCAUCGCUUUGGUGUUAUCCAGAGGGGAAGUUUUAACAGUAAGUUAUAUUCUGCGUCACCUUGCUUAAGAAUGAGUAAUACAACACGGGACGACUCAAGUGAAGAUAAGGUUUUUAUGGCUCCUCAUAUUCUUACCAUGUCAGCAACUCCAAUUCCACGAACUUUGGCUUUGGCCAUAUAUGGCGAUAUGUCUCUAACUCAGAUAACAGAUUUGCCCCCAGGAAGAAUGACCGUUGAUACAUUUGUUCUUGAAGGGAAUGAAAUUGGUUUUCAACAUGUUUUCCAGAUGAUGCAUGAUGAGCUGACUUCUGGGGGGAAAGUAUAUCUUGUUUACCCAGUUAUAGAAGAAUCAAAGCAGUUGCCACAGCUUCAUGCUGCUAGAAGAGAUUUUGAGUCGAUAUCAAACAAAUUUGAUAGCUAUACUUGUGGGCUGCUGCAUGGCCGCAUGAACAGUGAAGAGAAAUAUGAAGCCCUGAAAAAAUUUAAAUCUGGAGAAACACGUGUUCUUCUUGCAACUCAAGUGAUUGAGAUUGGUGUUGAUGUUCCUGAUGCCUCCAUGAUGGUUGUCAUGAAUGCUGAGAGAUUUGGAAUUGCUCAGCUGCAUCAACUUAGAGGACGUGUUGGAAGAGGAAUGCGGAAGUCAAAAUGUGUUUUCUGCUCUUCAAAUUCUGGGGCACUAAACCGAUUGAAAAUACUUGAACAGUCAUCAGACGGAUUUAAUCUGGCUAUUGCAGACCUCCUUGUACGUGGGCCUGGCAAUUUACUUGGUAAGAAGCAGUCUGGACACCUCCCAGAUUUUCCCAUAGCUAGAUUGGAGCGUGAUGGAAAUAUUCUAAGAGAAGCUCACCUUGCCGCACUGAAAAUUUUGAGUAUUUCACAUGAUCUGUCCUCCUUCCCAAAGCUCCAAGCCGAGCUCAGCAUGCGGAAGCCGCUGUGCAUUUUGGGUGAUUAAGACUUGCAAAUCAAAUGGAUCCAGCAAUUCAUAAAGGCUGAAAAUUGAUAGUAAGGCUCUUAAAAUAUGCCAUAAUUUAGAGGCAUGUAUAGGUACGCUUCUAUGUAAUUUAUCUCCUGUUGGGUGACCUCUUUAUUUUUAAUAGGUCUCAACUAGAAGUUUUUUAUAUGAAAUUUUCACUGUAUAUUCCAUUUUCAUAAAUUAAUUAACAAUAUAGGAAUGUGUUGGUGAUAAACAUCCCAGAAUUAAUUAAACCUUUUAAUAAAAUAUCAAAAAAAAAAUUUAAUAGGA